AUGUGUAACAAUUGUGGUGCAGUGAUUCACUUGUUGGUCCGUAAAUCAGCCAAAGUUAGGACUCAACCUCUUGAAAAAGAUUUUGAAAUUUCAAUUGUUUUAUCAGAUGUGGAGAAGGUAGCUGAUGCAGUAGAUGAUUUAGAUUCUUGGUGGGGAAUGCAGAAUGAGACACUUCAAAUUGUGCCUGCAAAAUCUUCAACUGUUGGUGGUUCUGUUUCCAAGAUUUCGUUGUCGCCAAUGAUUGAGCAACUAAUUGAUGCCUCGAAUGAUGGGCUCAAGAGAGACAAGCAACCUAUUAGAGCAUCUGAGGGAUGUGGGGGUGCUUAUUUUAUGCCAGAUUCGUCCGGUCAGGACUAUAUUUCUGUUUUCAAGCCUAUUGAUGAGGAGCCCAUGGCUGUAAAUAAUCCUCGAGGGCAACCCUUGUCCACAAACGGUGAAGGGCUAAAGAAGGGAACCCGAGUAGGGGAAGGUGCCCUAAGGGAAGUUGCAGCAUAUAUUUUGGAUCAUCCAAAGGAAGGACCACGUUCAUUUCACAGUGACGAGAAAGGCUUUGCCGGGGUUCCUCCCACAGUAAUGUUUAAAUGUCGGCACAGAGGAUUUAACUAUCCUGAUGGUUAUCAGUAUGCAUCUGAUAAGAUUGGGUCAUUGCAGAUGUUCGUGAAGAACUCGGGUAGUUGUGAGGAUGGGUCAUUGCAGAUGUUCGUGAAGAACUCGGGUAGGUGUGAGGACAGGGGUCCUAGGUGUGCCUUUCCUGUUGAAGAAGUUCACAAGAUAUCUGUCCUUGACAUAAGGUUGGCAAAUGCAGACAGGCAUGCUGGCAACAUUUUGGUUCGCAAAGAGGGCGAAGAAGGUAGAAUUGUGCUUAUUCCAAUUGAUCAUGGUUACUGCUUGCCGGAGAAUUUUGAAGAUUGCACAUUCGACUGGCUCUACUGGCCUCAAACUCAGCAGCCCUUUUCUCCUGAUACCAUUGCUUACAUAAAGUCCCUGGAUACUGAGAAAGAUAUUCAACUUCUGAAGUUAUACGGCUGGAACAUUCCACACAAGUGUGCACGUGUGUUUCGCCUUUCCACCAUGCUUCUGAAGAAAGGCGCAGAGAGAGGGCUCACUCCCUUUGCAAUAGGAAGCAUUAUGUCCCGGGAAACACCGAGGAAGGAAUCUGUAAUCGAGAAGAUUGUUCAAGAAGCAGUGCUCCCGGGAACAAGUGAAUCGGGAUUCCUUGAAUAUGCAUCACUUAUCAUGGAUCGUUACCUUGACGAGUUUACCCCAUAA